GCCGAUUGCUCAUCAACGCUUAUCAAAUCAACGAUCUUCGCCGCAAUCGCUUUCGACGCAGCCCGUGAAAUUUCCGUUCCCCCUCCUGGAUUUUGAUCAUAUGGGCUCUAUUGGUUCAUCGCUGCGGUCACAAACCAUCGACAUGUCUUCGAAGUCUGCAAAGUUUGUUGAGAACACCAUUGCCAGCCAUAAGGUGGUGAUAUUUAGCAAAACCUUCUGUCCCUACUGCAAAAUGGCAAAGGAGCCAUUCCAGAAGCUCAAUGUGCAGGCCACAGUCAUUGAGCUGGACGGCAAUCCAGACGGCGACGAGAUCCAGACCGUGCUGGGCACGAUUACAGGUGCCAGGACGGUGCCUCGAGUCUUUAUUGAUGGAAAAUUCGUUGGUGGCGGCACGGACAUUAAACGAAUGUACGAUACGGGAGAUCUCCAAAAAUACUUUGCCUAAUCGGUGGUGCAACACUAUACACGUGGAUAUCUGGUGUUAAGCUCGCUUUCAUGUACAAAAGUUAUCAUCAUGAUUAAAGUCUCUAUAGAUGAUUUCAGCUAAUAUUAAUCCAUGAGUCAUUGCUGCUAUUCAUGGAGGGGACAAUUUUUCAGUCUGCUAUAUGGAGGAAAUGGUGCCACCGGAGCACCAAGGAACUAACUAGUCCAAUGAAAUAUGUAUUUCUAGCACGUUAUAGUUUGAGGGAAAAUUGUUCAUUCAUGAGACGACAUGUAUAAAAUGUAUAAAGAUUGACUGCCA